AUUUUGUUCCCACCGGAGCGACUUGACAUGGCGUCUAUUGCUUUGCGGAAUGCUUUGAAACGAAGCUUGUCAGGGAGGCUGGCCCCCUGCUUGGGCAUCCGCUUGCGAGAACUUCCGCAGACCAAGGGCUGCUGCCGAAGCACCGAAAGAUCCAACUCCACCGCCCGCAAGGCCGUCCAGGAGGCCGCCAAGAUCCCCCGCGAGCGAAACCGGAACUUCAGUAUCAUUGCUCAUGUCGAUCAUGGCAAGAGCACUCUUUGUGAUCGGCUGCUGCAAACUUGUGGCGUGCUACCACCCAAUGCCCCGGACCAGUUCCUGGAUGGCCUGGAGGUGGAGCGGGCACGAGGCAUUACGGUCAAGGCGCAAACCUGCUCUCUGCUGGUGACCUCGGAAACGGAUGGCCAAAAUUACUUGCUCAAUCUCAUUGACACCCCCGGGCACGUGGACUUCUCUUACGAGGUGUCCCGCUCACUCCAAGCGUGUCAGGGUGCAGUGCUUCUUUGCGAUGCUGUGCAAGGCAUCCAAGCACAGACAGUGUCCACCUUCCACCAGGCAUUCGAAGCCGACCUGGAGGUGCUUUGCGCCAUCAGCAAGGUGGAUUUGGAACACGCGCAGAAAGAGGAAGUGAAGAGACAACUGUCAGUGCUCACCGGCGUGGCCACAGAGCAGGUCGUGGAGGUGAGCGGGAAGACAGGCACAGGGGUCCAAGAUUUGCUGCAAGCAAUCAUUCAAAGAGUUCCUCCUCCACCAGGUUCCUCAACUUUGCCCUUCAAAGCCUUGCUCUUCGAUGCAAAGUACGACAGCCGGCGAGGGAUGGUCUUGUACGUGGCCGUGCAGGAUGGGGAACUAAAAAAAGGGAGCAAGAUCUUUUGCUCCUACAGCCGCCGAACCCAUUUGGCCACGGACAUUGGUUUUUUGUACCCAGACCUCAGCUCCACAGAGACCAUUCAGAGUGGCCAGAUUGGCUUUGUGGUCGUGGGCGCAAAAGACAUCCGCAGCUUCCGUGUCGGGGAGACGGUCUUUGCCGAAGGCGGCGAAAAGACCGGGGAGCCUUUCCCUGGCUUCCGUCCUGCACAGCCCAUGGUGUAUGCAGGCAUCUUCCCAGAGGCGGUGGGUGACGGGGAGAAACUGGAAACCGCCAUGCAACGGCUUUUGCUCACGGAUGCAUCGGUUGAGGCGAAACGAGAUAUCUCACCCGUGUUGGGUGCUGGGUUCAGGUGCGGCUUUCUGGGCCUUUUGCACUUGGACGUUUUUCGGCAACGUCUGACCAGCGAGUAUGGUGUAGAUGUUCUGGCGACCAAUCCCACUGUGCCCUAUCGCCUGACCCUGGCGAAUGGCAAGGAGGUGGUUGUGGAGCAUGCGGGGGACUUCCCAUCGCCGCCACAGAUGCCGCCCAAGGAGGUGCAGGAGCCUUUGGUGACUGCAACCAUUGUGUGCCCUCGCGAGCUCACGUCCAACGUGCAGCAGCUCUGUGUCGAACGCCGUGGAGAGGAGCUCUCAGUGGAGCCUCUGGACAACAGCGGAGAACGAGUGAUGAUGACCUGGAGGCUGCCAUUGGCCGAGGUCAUAACGGACUUCUUUGACCGGCUACAGGCACUCAGUCAUGGCUUUGCCUCCUUUGAUUACCAGCCUGCUGGAUACCAGAAGGUGGACCUGGUGAAGGUCCUGGUUCGCCUCAAUGGCGAUGACGUCGACGCUCUGAGCUUCUUUGCUCUCCGUGACCGGGCGUCGGAGGUGUCACGGAGGUACUUGGAGAGGUUGCAGAACCUUAUCCCGGCGCAGCUGUUUGACAUUGCCAUUCAAGCGGUCGUGGGCGGCAAGGUCGUAGCCAAGGUCCGCAUCAAGCCUCUUCGACGGGACGUGGUGGCGCAGAAGAUCCUCAGCCAUGGGCAUUCCGGCGACCCCUCGCGAAAGGCCAAGCUGCUGGAGAGGCAGAAGGAGGGGAAGCGACGACUCAGAGAGAUCUCCAAGGUCCAAGUUCCUCCCGAGGCCUUUGUCGCAAUGGUGAAGAUGUGAUUCGUGGGUCGCCUCGGCACUGAAGAUUUGGUGGGCAAAAGCCUCAGAAGAGUGCUUUACCGCUUGGCUCCUUGUGCUUUGUGGUCCACCGAACCUUUGGAUAGGCAGUUGCUGAUCACACGUCGCAAUCAAUUUUCUGGACUACAUCCACGCUUUGAGCAAGCAAAGAAGCAUCUUGCUCGAGCUCAUUUUCCGGCCAGAGCGGCCUACCUCGGAGAAAGGGAUUCGCCCGUCUCAUAGGCCAAUUGGACGACUGGCCCCGGAUGAAGGC